GCCGCGGCGGCUCAGGAGCGGGUUGUGGGCGUCUGAGAGUUGCCACCAUGAGGAAGCUCUUCAGCUUCGGGAGACGCCUGGGCCAGGCGCUCCUGAGCUCCAGGGACGAAGAGUACGCGGGUCCCGGGUACCACAUCCGGGACUGGGAACUGCGGAAGAUCCACAGGGCGGCCAUCAAGGGCAACGCCGCGGAGGUGGAGCGCUGCCUGAGGCGGUUUCGCGACGUGGACGCCCGCGACAGAAAGGACAGGACCGUUCUACAUUUGGCCUCUGCCCAUGGCCGUGUGGAAGUGGUCACUCUCUUGCUGAGCAGAAGUUGCCAGAUCGACAUCUGUGACAGAUUAAACAGAACACCGUUAAUGAAGGCUAUACAUUGCCAGGAAGAGGCUUGUGCAAUUAUUCUCCUGGAACGUGGCGCCAAUCCAAACAUUAAGGAUAUCUAUGGCAACACUGCUCUCCAUUAUGCUGUGUAUAGUAAGGGGACUUCACUGGCAGAAAAACUGCUUUCCCACCAUGCAAAUAUUGAAGCACUAAAUGAGGAGGGAAACACUCCACUUUUGUUGGCUAUAAAUUCUACGAGACAGCAAAUGGUGGAAUUUUUAUUGAAGAACCAGGCAAAUAUACAUGCCGUUGACAAUUUCAGAAGAACAGCCCUCAUGCUUGCUGUGCAGCAUAACUCGUCAAGUAUCGUCAGCAUCCUCCUUCAACAAAAUGUAAAUAUCUUUUCUCAAGACGUGUUUGGCCACACUGCUGAGGAUUAUGCUGUUUGUUGUGAUUUGAGAAGCAUUCAACAACAAAUUUUGGAACAUAAAAAUAAGAUACUUAAAAAUCAUCUUCGAAAUGACAAUCAAGAAACAGCAGCUGUGAAGCCUGCAAAUUUGAAAAAAAGGAAAGAAGGUGCAAAAGAACACAACUUAAAAGUGGCUUCAGAGGAAAAGCAAGAAAGGCGUGAAAGAAGUGGAAAUAAACAGCCGCAGGAUUCUCAAAGUUAUGGAAGAAAGAAGGAUGUGAUGUAUGGAAAUUACAUGUUGAAGAGAGACAUUGCCAUGCUCAAACAGGAAUUAUACACAAUAAAAAAUGACAGUCUCAGAAAGGAAAAAGAAUAUAUUCAAGAAAUUAAAAGUAUUACAGAAAUGAAUGCUAACUUUGAAAAGAGUGUAAGACUCAAUGACGAAAUGAUAACAAAAACAACGGCCCAGUAUUCGCAACAGCUUAAUGAACUGAAAGCUGAGAAUACAAGGCUGAAUUCAAAAUUGGAGAAGGAAAAACACAACAAAGAAAGACUAGAAGCUGAAGUUGAAUCCCUCCAUUCUAGCCUGGCCACUACUAUAAAUGAGUACAAUGAAAUUUUGGAAAGAAAAGACCUAGAACUAGUUUUAUGGAGAGCAGAUGAUGUUUCUGGACAUGAAAAAAUGGAUUCCAAUAUUUCUCAACUAACAGAUAAGAAUGAGUUGCUUACCAAACAACUUUCUAAAGCUCAGGUGAAGUUCAAUACCUUUAAAGGUAAGCUUCAUGAGACAAGAGAUGCUCUCAGAGAAAAGACACUGGCUUUAGAAAGUGUACAGAUGGACCUAAAGCAAGCGCAGUAUCGAUUAAAGGAAAUGGAGCAGAUGCAUCCAAAUGAGGAAGCUAAAGAAAGUCAAUCCUUUGGAAAGCAGAACUCUUUAGAGGAGAGAAUACAUCAACAAGAACUUGAAAAUCUAUUGCUUGAACAAAAACUAAAGGAUGCUUAUAAGGAAGGCAAUAAUAAAGAGAUAGUCAUUAAUAUCCAAAAAGACUGUCUUGAGAAUGGAAAGGAAGAUCUUACAGAAGAAAAAAAUAUGGAAUUAAUGAAUGAAUAUAAUUAUUUAAAAGAAAAACUGUUUCAGUAUGAAAAGGAAGCAGCAGAAGGAGAAGUGAUUGUGAGACGACUUCAAGAAGAACUGGCUGAUCACCUUAACAAAUUUUCUAUGUCAGAAUCUCCGCUGGAAAGUACAUCACAUUGUCAUAUUAACUUGGAUGAGACACGGGCUUCAAAGAAGAAAUUAUUUCAAGUAGAAAGUCAACCUGAAGAAAAACAUGAAGAAUUCAGAAAACUUUCUGAGUUAAUAUCAUCACUGGACUAUAAUGUGGAUCAAAUAAGAAACAAAAAUCAUAAAUUAGAAGAAGAGACAACUGGAUAUAAGAAAUGCCUAGAAAUGACAAUAAAUAUGUUAAAUGUAUUUGGAAAUGAAGACUUCAGUUGCCAUGGAGACUUAAAUACAGAUCAACUGAAAAUGGAUACUUUGUUUAAGAAGCUAAAACAGAAGUUUGAUGAUCUUACGGCCGAGAAGGAAGCUGUAUCUUCAAAAUGUGUCAAUUUGGCUAAAGACAAUCAAGUUCUUCAACAGGAGUUUUUAUCUAUGAGAAAAAUACAAGAGAAAUGUGAAAAACUUGAGGAGGAUAAAAAGAUGUUGGAAGAAGAAGUAUUAACUCUUAAGACACAUAUGGAAAACAAUAUGGUAGAACUUGGUAAAGUACAAGAAUAUAAAUCGGAGCUAGAUGAAAGGACAAUGCAGACAAUAGAAAAAUUAGAAGAAAUCCAUUUACAGGAACAAGCAAAAUAUGAAAAACAAUUAGAGCAGUUAAACAAGGAUAAUAUGGCUUCACUAAAUAAGAAGGAACUCACACUUGCAGAUGUGGAAUGUAAAUUCUCCAACAUGAAAACUGCUUAUGAAGAGGUUACAACCGAAUUAGAAGAAUAUAAGGAAGCCUUUGCAGUAGCAUUGAAAGCUAACCAUUCCAUGUCAAAAAAUUUAACGAAAUUGAAUAAGAAAAUAGCAGUGAUCAGCACCAAGCUCCUUAUGGAGAAAGAGCGGAUGAAAUAUUUUCUCAGCACUGUUCCUACAAGCCCAGACCCAGAGUUACCUUGUAUUGAAAAUCUUGCCGGUAUAGGACUCAACAGAAAAUAUAUUCCCAAAACGCCCAUAAGAAUUCCUACUUCAAACCCACAGACUUCAAAUAACUACGAGAACUCCUUAACUGAGGUGGAGCCGGACUGUGUAGAACAAAUAAUUAGAUAAACAAAGAAAACUGUUGCUGCUGUGUUGGGCACUUGCUCCCAUCUACUUUCUUCUCUGGAAUCCACUGAGUUGGAGCCACCGAGGAAACAGGUGAGCCCUCCCCAGCACACACUAGUCCCCAACAGAAGAACCACUGCUGCAUCCACUGAGAUAGAGACACACAGCAGAGUCUGUGAGUGGUUGUGCGUGAAGGACUGUUUUCUAGGUGAGAGGCACAUCUCAACACAGCUGACUAAUCAGACUCAGCAAUUCCAUUCUGCAUCUGCUCUGGACCCCAGGACCACCAGGACAACCCCAUCAGGGCCCUGUCACCAGGUCCAGUCUGGCUCCGAUACCAAGACGCAGGUCCAGAGACAACCGCCCUGCAUGGUGCCUGCAUCUGACCCCCCUUGGUGGGUAGUGAUGAAAACAUGGAAGAAGCCAGGGCAGCAUGCGGACAGCUGCCCUGCAGCCCCAGAUGGCACCUGGCCCUUGGGACGUCAUUCUCAAAGGGGAAGCUGGAAACUUUGA